UGUAAGACCUGGCGUAGAUCAUUCGGCGCUGCCACGUCCUUAUCUAAGGUGUGCGUAUUAUUCUGCCGACGUUCGUCUGAGAGGAGCUUGUGAGACCCUCAGUUACUUAAGACAAAGUCUACACUCCAGCAUUCUUACGCCCAUUAAACAUCAAAUGAUGCUGGGUAUCAUUAGUGAUAGUCACAAAUAAUGAUGGCAUACAAUAGACGAAGGUGAUUAUCUCACGGAGUAUUCUAUUCAAAAAAAAGUUGUGACAGUGCAGUAACAUGUGCAACGGUAUUUCCCAUUGAAUAUUUUAAACUGUAUAACACUGGUGAAAUAAUUUACUGAGCAAGAGUGUGCAGUGAUUCAUUUAACAAUCGAAUCUUUUGUUUCACAUUUAAAGAUUUAAACUACGAAAUCUUGACCUAUCAUCUCCAUGAUGAACACAGUGCCGUCUCCAUCUUCCUUGUCCCCCUCGGGAGGUUCGAACCCCUUGACAAAAAAGGACGAUCACAUCAAGCGACCCAUGAACGCCUUCAUGGUAUGGUCGCGUAUGCAGCGUCGCAAAAUUGCGCAAGAUAAUCCUAAAAUGCACAACUCAGAGAUCUCCAAGCGACUGGGAUGCGAGUGGAAGUUGCUAAGUGAAACCGACAAACGUCCUUUCAUCGACGAAGCCAAGCGGCUCAGAGCCCAGCACAUGAAGGAACACCCUGACUACAAGUACAGGCCAAGAAGGAAACCAAAAACCCUGCAGAAGAAUGGCUACAGCUUCCCUCUACCUUACCUGGCCACCACGACUUUUGACACUUUUGGACCCUACCACCAGACCUACAUUUCCACCCCAACCGUGCCCUCCCCUCUGGACUUCGCGGGUGACAAGUCACGCUUUUUUUCCAGUCACUUGGCCCAUCCAUUCUACUCCGGUCUUGAUCCUCAGCACUUCAGUAAGCUGGCAGCCGUGCAGGAUUCCUACAAACCAUUCAUCUCGGCAACAGUACCUUCCUCUGAAAACGCAAGUCCAGUUAACAUCCCCAACCUAAAUAUGUCUAAUCUCAACAUGCCAAACUUGAAUAUGUCUAACCUGAACAUGCCCACUUCUGUGGCUUUACCGGGCACAAAUGUUACAAUCCCAGGGGUGUCAAUGGCCAACAGCAUGUCCAAUAUGUCACAUGUGUCAGCUUUAUACUCUUCACUAUAUUCCAAGUCAGCAUCAUCACUAUUUUCAGGAAUAUCCUCUAUAGGAACAGCAGUUCACCAUCAACAACAACAGUUACAGAACGCGCAGCAACAACUCCACUCCCAAAGUCAACAGCAGCCUCAACAGUUGCCCCAACAGACGCACUCCCCUUCUCCACACUCACCAACUAUUCAACAACAAGUUCAACAACAGCAACAGCAGCAACAACAACAACAACAGCAACAGCACCCUGGUAUCAUCACCCCAGCAUCAACACCCACUCCUCUUUCAGGUGUACCUCAGUCAAUGCCCACCCAACUGUACCCAGGGUACCCACCUGUCGUGGAACAGCUCAGAAGGCCGGUCUCUGUUAUCUACUAAAGUUGCCAGGCUUUUGCUCAUGUUUCUUCUCGAUCUUCAAUUAUGCAAUGUGUACAAUAUCAUGUCUAUAACCAUGUUUGUUAUGAACUAUAUCCUGUACCUAUAUAAUAUUUGUCGGUCUACCUGUGUACAAAUGUAAAUGUUGCAAUGCUGGGAUACUAGAACGUUGAAGUUGUUGGUGCGGACUGAAGAGUUUGUUGCAGAUCAAUUGUUGCAGACAUCUCUUGCUUUGCCAUUGAUUGAGAUCUUAAAAAUUUCAGUUAAUUCAGUUCUAUGGAUUUCUAUUGCUGGUUUUAUUAAUUGCUAUUGUCAAUCUUUUUGAUUGAUGACAUUAAUAUUAUUUAUUUAUCUUAUCAAUUUCGAUACAAUUUUUGUCAGCACAGAGUUUGGUACUUAUUUUUCAGUUGAAUUUAUAUGUUUAUUAAUA